GGCGUCACUUCCUCUUCCUGAUAACAGGAAGCUCGUGUCUGAAGUAACGUGAAGUUAGAGGAGUCUUGUUCUGUCAGAGGCGAACAUGGGCGUAACGUGUGUGUGCCAGGUGCCGGUGGUGGAGGGGAAGAGUGUCCAGCAGACAGUGGAGAUGCUGCACAGGAAGCUGGAGCAGCUGGGAGCAGUGAAACAGGGCAGUUUCUGCGUGGACUGUGAGACCUACCAUGCAGGGGCCAUGGGCACUACAGGGCAGCCCACCAAGUUCCUGUACGUAAUGCACAACUCGGAGAUGCCUUUGAGCUGCUUCGCUCUCUUCGAGGGCGGGCCCUGCCUGGUGGCCGACCCCAACUUCGACGUGCUGAUGAUCAAGCUGAAGGGCCACUUCCAGAACGCCAAGGGUAACAAGGUGGAGAGCCGUGGCACGCGCUUCCAGUACUGCGACUUCCUGGUCAAGGUUGGCACCAUCACCAUGGGCUCCAGCGCCAGAGGGAUCUCUGUGGAGGUGGAGUACUGCCCAUGUGGGGUGCCCAACGACUGCUGGAAUCUGAUGAAGGAGUUCAUGCAGGGAUUCCUGGGACCCCACACCCCCGAACUGCCCAUGGUCUUCACUGCCAAACCCGACGGCAUCUACAGCCCCUCCGACUGCUCGGACACCAUGGCGCAGUACCUGGAGCUCUUCGGCAAGGUGCGCAAGCAGCAGGUGGCAAUCGGGAGCAGCAUGCGCUGAGAGGAGGCCCCCGAGUUCCAGAACAGGUUCCCACCCCUCCACGAGCCUGAGCCAGCUGUGCUUGUGUGUGCGCGGGUCCGAGUGGGACACUGGACUUCCUGCGCGAGAGGCACAGCAGCCUGCUGGAAAGCUCCUGGCGCCUGGAGAAACAUUCCUCCUGUUCCAGCUCAUAGCAAGGGGAUCAUCCCAGUGUGCUGUUGACAAAUACUGAAGGUUAAAGGUGUUUGCGCGCUCUGCUAGAACUUGUUCCAGGCGGCCGCAAAAACUUUUCAAGUGUUUCCUUUGCAAGGAAAAUGAUUCUUAUAAUGUGAUCCUCCUUCUUCAAGUUAAGUAAAAACUUGGUCAGUU